GUCCCCCCUCGGCCUGGUAAACAAACCCCCGUCAAGGGACACAGGAAGCGCCUAUCACACCCGCCCUCUUCCUCGCCGUCCUUGCCGUUCUUUCUCCUUUUAUGCAGGGGACGUCUUAACAAGUCAGCGAUGCCUCCCACACGAGACAACAAUGUGGUCAAGCUGGCGGUGGAGCUGCAGGCGCAUGACCACAAGCCGGUGCCUUUCCUGGGGGAGUUCAGUCUUCAGGAUCCUCUGUCGGACUUUAUUUUGGUGCUGUGCAACCUCUGGAAGAUUGAUCACCCAGAGCACUACGCCCUGCAGUACACUGAGGCACCCAAGGAGUAUGUCACUGAGAUGAACAGAAACAGGAUCAAGGAUGGCAUUGUGCUCCACCUGGUGUACUCAGCCAGAAAGACAGCAGAUGACAUCCUGAAGAAGCUCAGUAAGCCAGAGAAGAAGGAGAAGGAAGAAGCCCUUGACAAACUGUCCCAUUUGAGCAAUGACAUCACCUUUGCCAACGAGUUCAUCAAGAAGCAGGGGAUGCUCCAUCUGCUCGCCUGCCUACAAAACACGACAAGCUAUGAAUCCCCGCUGUUGCCGCCAAUCCUGUCUUCCUGCUUAGACCUCAUGGACCACGGAAUAAUGAGGUGGGACGAACUUCAGUCGACUUUCAUUGAACGAGUCGCCUCAUAUGUAACCUGCCAAGGAACCAUUGACUCCAGGACGCUCAGCACGUCCCUCACCAUCCUGGAGAACAUCAUCCUCAACAGCCCGUCAAACAUUCCCUUCAUAGAGAAGCAAAUAACCGUUUCCAAGCUGCUCAACCACAUAGUGAAUGCCAAAAAAGGCACAGAAACCCAGCAGGCAGUGUUGGCGCUGAUCAACGCUCUCAUCCAGAAGUCGGUACCACACAUGAAGAAACACUACUGCGGCAGCGUCACCAACCGCCAGAGUCGCUCCAUGAUCUUCAACAACGUGGUGCUUCAGCUUGGUGAGAACACAUCGCAGGGCAGCUCAGACUUGGCCCACCAGCUGUACGUCCUGCAGCAGCUCAUCCUCAACCAGUACGAGGACCGCAUGAACGCCUCCAUGGACGUGACUGACCCACUAGUCACCGACAACAUCAGGGAGCUGCGGAAGAUUGCCUUUGAGUCUGACGGAGAGGUCCCCUCAGGCAUCACUCCUCGCAGGCCGGAGUACAAGAAAGAGUACAAGAAACUCGGCUUCAAGAAUGACAUCAACCCAGCGGAGGACUUCAAGGAGACACCGCCCGGCAUGCUCGCCCUCGACAACAUGGUCUACUUCGCCCGCAAGCACUCGGACCACUAUGUAAAGUUGGUUCUGGAAAAUUGCUACCGAGCUGACUUCCACGAGUGUCCCUUCGGCCGGGCAAGCAUAGAACUGACCAAGCUGCUGUGUGAGAUCCUGAAGAUUGGCGAGGUCCCGAAUGAGCAGGGCCAGAGCUACCACGCAAUGUUCUUCUCCAACGACUGCAUCUUCGAGGAACUUUUUUCCAUCUGCAUCGUCCUCCUCAACAAGACCUGGAAGGAGAUGAAGGCCACCACAGAAGACUUCAGCAAGGUGGUGAGUGUGGUGAAGGAGCAGAUCAAGCGCUCCAUAUCCAAGCAGCCUGUGACCCUGGAGGAAUUCCGGAAAACCAUAAACAACUUGACAUAUGCGGAAAUUGCUGAAAUAUGGCGGCAAGAGCGACUGACCAAUGAGGAACAGGAGAUGCAGGCGCCCCCCAUCAAGGAGCUGCGCAAGGCCCUGGAGCCAGACAUCCUGGAGCUCAUUCAACAACACCGCCUCAGGUUCUUGGUGGAGGGGACCAGGUUCAAGAUUGCCCGUGGAGUGCGAGCCAAAGACAAGUUCCGAUACUGCCGCCUCUCCCCCAACCACAAGUUCCUGCACUAUGACGACUGUGACGAGAAGUCCGUGCCAUUGCUGGAGGACCUAAGCAAGAAGAUCAGCAUUGUGGAGAUCAAGAGUGUGGUGACAGGCAAGGAAUGUCCACACAUGAGGGAAAAAGCAGGGAAGAAGAACCCCUCCACCUUGGCCUUUUCGGUGCUGAAGGACAGUGCCGGCAGCGAGCCAACCAGCGUGGACUUUGUGGCACCAGAUGAGACAACUUACAAUUACUGGGUGGAUGGACUGAACGCUCUCCUCCGCCAGAGGAUGCCGAGCCCACAGACCACAGCAGACCUGGAGAUGCUGCUCAACAUGGAGAUCAAGCUCCGCCUUCUGGACGCAGAAGGAGUCACCAUUCCACAGCAACAGCCAGAAAUACCUCCUCCACCUCCCAACUUCAUCUUCCACUACCAACUACAGUAGAGCGUGUGUGUGUGUGUGUGUGUGUGUGUGUGUGUGUUUAACCCGGUAGCAGCGGGGAUCAUGUUUCUUAAUGGUCCCUCUAAGCGAGAAAA